AUGGAGUCAAAGUAAAAGAAAGAUCUAACACUUGAAGAUAUGCCAAAGGUGGUCAGAACUGCAAGGCAUAUUGAAAGUUAGGCUCAGGAUUAUUAUAUACAAGAUAGAUGGAAGCAAUUUCUAGUCACAUUGUAAUCAGAGAUUAGCAAAAUAAAGGAAUUGUUUGAUCAAAUAAAUCUUUUGAGCUAGAAACCAGUGAAGUAGAAUAAUAGUCAACUGAGUGAUAACAAUGCUCAUUUCUUCAUGAGAGGAGGUAAUGGAGGUCCGAUUCAAUAACAAGAUGAAAGGCCAAUUCAUAGAAAACCUUCUGAUCAUAGCUUGGGUCCAUAAUAGCAUCACUAUGCAAAUCUUAAUAGCAAUCAAAGAGGCUAGAGAAAUCAAUCUUAAAGUAAUCACGGAGGAAUUGGAGGAGGAUAUUCUGAUCCUCACUAACAAACUCCUGACAAGGGAAUAGGAAACCUUUACGAUAAUGUCAUUAACAGUAAUGGUGGAUUUGGUUAGAACAAUUUUGCAAAUGAUGUCAAGAAAAAGCCUUAAUAUGGAGGAGGACUGCAAAAGAAGCCUACCUCGGGAGGAAUGAAGCCCCCAGCACCUAUAGGGAAUAAAAAUAGGAACUAUGAUAAACCAUGGGCAGUCCCAGAAAAGAAGAAAAGCUCUGAAGCAGGAGGUGAGCAUGACAAAAAUUCAUUUUUGCAUCAUGUUUAUCCAGAUGGGGUAGGGCCUGAUGCUGACCUCAUUAUGAUGUUAGAAAGAGAUGUGAUAGAUAAAAAUCCUAAUGUCUCGUUCGAUGAUAUUGCUGAUCUCUAAGAGAGUAAGAAAAUGCUGUAAGAGGCAGUGCUAUUACCUAUUUUGAUGCCUCAGUUCUUCAAAGGAAUAAGACGCCCUUGGAAAGGAGUGUUAAUGUUUGGUCCACCAGGCACAGGAAAGACUAUGCUAGCUAAGGCAGUGGCCACACUGGGAAAGACUACAUUUUUCAAUGUAUCAGCAAGUUCCUUAGCUUCAAAAUGGAAAGGUGAAAGUGAGAAGUUAGUGAGAAUACUGUUUGAAAUGGCUAGAUUCUAUGGCCCUACUACUAUAUUUAUGGAUGAAAUAGAUGCUCUCGCUGGUAGAAGAGGAGGUUCUGAGGAGUCUGAAGGAAGCAGAAAAGUAAAGUCAGAAUUACUAAUCUAGAUGGAUGGUGUAGGAUCAAGUAGUAGUGCAGGAGCCAAUGAUAAGUAAGAUGAUACUGAGCAAAGAAAAAAUAUUAUGGUCUUAGCUGCUACCAACAGACCUCAGGAUUUGGAUGAUGCCAUUCGUAGAAGACUUGAAAAGAGAGUUUACAUUCCACUACCAGGAGAGGAAGGAAGAAGAUAGCUAUUCAAGAUUAACCUCAAGGACAUCAAAGUAGUUGAAAACAUUGAUUGGGAGUCCCUUGUUCACAAAACUGAUGGGUACAGUGGAGCAGAUAUUUCAAAUGUAUGCAGAGAAGCCGCAAUGAUGCCCAUGAGAAAGAGAAUACUCGCUAAAGGCUUUGAUCUUAAUAAUAUUGGGAAUAUGGCUGAAGAGAUUGAUAUUCCUUUAACUAUGACAGAUUUUGAAGAAGCUAUCUAGAAUAUAUAGAAAUCUGUUAGUGCAGAAAGUCUCAAAUAAUACGAUGCUUGGAUGAGAGAAUUCGGCGCUUUAUGA